UCUUGAGAUUUUUAAUGGCAUUGCUAAACUAAUAAAAAAACUAAUAAAACAAGGUUAAUACUUUGUCAGACUUGAAGCACAGUGGGUGGCACCUUCUGCAACUCACUUGCAACCAGUGUCAUGUGACCACUAUAUACAGCCAAUAGGGCGCAGCCUGGUCCCCCUAUACAUUAAAUGUCAGAUUUGCUAUAAACUAUAAACUCUUAGUCUGGCCCGCCAAAAUGGGCGAGCAUAAUUUCCUUAAUCCCGGGUUUGUUGGACAAUUCGUUAACAUUCAUACAAAAGAUGCACGAUAUCUCUCCAAUGUUCGUGCGUCGGGGGGACCGCUAGCGGGGUUAGGACAUACCCUCCGCUUCUCAAGAAGGGACAAUGUCUGCUCUUUGCCUUGGAACCCAUCGGAACCAUACACUGGAUACCCACAAUCUUAUGUUAGCGGCCCCGUUUCCAUAAACUCUACAUACAAUCAAUCAUUCGACAUUCCUCUGCAGGAAGACAACAAAUGUUUUUAUAGUGAGAGUACACGCGCCACCAGCGGUGGUGGUGACAAUAACAGUACCAAUCUUAAAUCAAACGAGGAAGCACGGGAAAACUCGUCAGUAUCCACUUCUUCAGAGAACAGACUGAAAAAUGUGAACGGAAUGGACAACAGAGGAAGUCAUUCCAAAUAUGACUGCUUAACAACUGCCGAAUAUUUAACCCCAAAUCCUCCAUCUUGUCGGUCACUUGAAUCAGAUUCUGGUUCUUCAAUCCUUAACGAGGGGGCCAAGACCCCAUCAGACAUCACGCAUUCACUAACAUCCCCUGACAUCCACGCAAGUGUUGCAGCCCUAAACGGAGGUGCGCUGUGGUCCCCAAUUCUCACACGCACCCGAAAGAAGCGUAAACCCUAUUCAAAACUUCAGCUGAAUGAAUUAGAGGGCGAGUUUAUCCUCAAUGAGUUCAUCACUAGACAGCGGAGGAAGGAACUGUCUAACCAGCUAAAUCUCACGGACCAACAGGUGAAAAUUUGGUUCCAGAAUCGUCGCAUGAAGAAGAAAAGGCUCUUGAUGCGGGAACAGGCGUUGUAUUACUUUUAAAGCGAAGGUGAUCCUCCUGACUGAGAUGAUUCAUUGAACAUCGGGUUAUCUGAAUGGAUUGCUGAUUGUUUGAUGUUACUCAUUUGAUCUGGGAUGUAUUAUGCACAGAGAAGUGCGUAUCAAAAGCCGAUUUUCUGUUUCUAUUUGGCGUGCUAUUUAUUCGCAGAAAUAACCAUCGGUAAUUUCAGCGUAUAAAAAAUAACCAUCGCAAAAGGUAAUUUCAGCGUAUAAAUAUCACGCCAAAUAGCCUACAAAAAUAUACACGUGCGAUAGAUACGCAGUACUAGGAGAUCGUGAUGAUUCUCAUUGAAGCUUGAGCAAUUAAGUAACUACCACGGUUUUACCACAGUAACGCCUGUCCUUACACAACACCCUGCAGCCGUGUGCAUUCACCAGACGUGAAUCUUGAAAGUUUUACUACACAACAACAGUGUUAAGAAUAUAAUAAUAUUAAUAAUGCUUUCAAUUUUUCCGUAACAUGGUCUAGAUUUAAGGAAACGUCCUCUUCACAAAGCGGGCGUUCACGUUCAAGGACACUAACAGCAAAGCUAUAAAUGUCAAAUCAUUCAACACAGUCUCAUGCCAUUUUCUAACUAUUUUAUGUUUCUGCAAAUUGGUUAAAUCUAUUCGUGCGACCUCACCGGUACAUUUUCUCACUGAGGGUUAAGUUUGUGGGUGAGUUUAGAGGUGCAGCUACAUGCUUUCUUUUUAUACAAAUUGUACGUUUCGUACGAAAUAGCUGAUUAGUAAAAAAGAAAAGACCAGCCUAUAUAUUUAAUUUUCAACUGCAAUAUAAGCAUGAUCCUGCACCCUUAACCCCUCACUCCUAAACAUAACUGUUAUGUGCAAAAAAAUGCUUGUCAAAUCUGUUAACUGUAUAUUGCCAGGGUAAAGAGAAAAAUGUAUUAUUAUUAGAUAUUAUUAUUAGAU